AUGGACAUACAGCUACAUCACAUGGAUCGCGUGCAGGUUGCAUUGCCCGCAUACACCUAUGUGUUUGAUUUUGAAAAGAACUUUGUUUACUCAGAUAGUCAAGCAUGGAUGAGGGAUCAUUUGCCAAAUUGUUUCUACUACUGUGCUAUUUAUAUCCUGCUCAUUUUUGGAGGACGUUAUUACAUGUCGAGCAGGCCAAAGUUUGAAAUAAGAGGCAUGCUUAUUUUAUGGAACAUUGUACUUGCACUGUUAUCUAUUUUUUGUAAUUUUAGAGUAAUGCCAGAAUUGUACCAUGUAUUAAGCCACCACGGAUAUUACUAUAGUGUUUGUAUACCAAGAUACCUUACACAUAACCCUGUGAGCGCGUUUUGGUCAUGGAUAUUUACUCUGAUGAAAUUGCUGGAAUUUGGCGACACUGUCUUCAUUGUAUUACGGAAACAACCAUUGAUAUUUCUACAUUGGUAUCAUCACGUGACAGUUUUUCUCUAUGGAUGGCACUCUUACGCGGAAACGUCAGGAUCCAUUAUAUGGUUUGGCGCUGUAAACGCUUUUAUACAUUUUUGUAUGUAUUGUUAUUAUGCUUUAAAGGCAAUGCGAUUCAAUCUGCCAAAAUGGAUUGCUAUGACCUUGACUACGUUGCAAAUAGCACAAAUGAUUUUGGGAAUCAUUAUAACUGCCUCGAUAUAUUAUUACGUGCAAGUUGCUCAAGUUCAGUGCAACGUUACGGUGUUUAAUUUGAAAGUUUCUGCGCUGAUGUACAUCAGUUACCUUGUCUUGUUCAUUAAUUAUUUCAAACAGUCUUAUUUGUCGGACAAAAUUGGAAAGAAGAAUCAGUUCCAGUCAGUCUCGUCAAUCAAGAUAGAUUAA